AACGCUUCGACCCGAUCCAUCGCCCACGAAUUCCACGGACCAAGGGCGACAAUUCCAACGAGCAUACCAGCGCAUCGAUUCAGAGCGAGUCUCUCCGGAUACCGAUAACAGCUCGCCAAGAUGGUCCUCGAGGCGGUAAUGAUCGUGGUCGACAACAGCGAGAGCAGCAGGAAUGGCGACUACACACCGACCCGCUAUGACGCGCAGUGCGACGCUGUGAAUAUCAUCUUCCAGAACGUCGUCCAGGGCAACCCUGAGUCGUCGGUCGGUUUGAUGAGCAUGGGCGGCAAGGGCCCCGAGGUGUUGGCGACCCUCACGACGGACCAAGGCAAGAUCCUGGACGGCUUGCAUCAGACCAAGAAGAAGAUCCGGGGAAAUGCCCACCUCUCUACCGGAAUACAAAUAGCUAGCCUUGCGCUCAAGCACCGCCAGAACAAGUCCCAAAGGGCGCGCAUCGUCGUCUUCGUCUGCUCCCCGAUUGAAGAAGGCGAGAAGGAGCUCGUCGUCCUUGCUAAGAAGAUGAAGAAGUUCUCCAUUAGCGUCGACUUUGUGCUGUUCGGCGAUAUGGACGAGGAGAACCAGGCAAAGUUGGAGGCGUUCAACCGCGAGAUCAAGGGCAACACCGACUCGUCGCACCUUGUCGUCAUUCCGCCCAGCUCGAAGCUGCUCAGCGACCAGCUCAUCUCGACGCCGAUCUUGCUUGGCGAGGGCGCCGCCGGCGGUGCGGGCGGCCUGGGUGGUGAUGCCGGUGGCUCGAGCGAGGACUUCCCGUUCGGCGUCGACCCGACACAGGACCCCGAGCUAGCGCUGGCGCUGCGCAUGAGCAUGGAGGAGGAAAAGGCGCGGCAGGAGAAAAGGGCACGCGAGGAGGCCGAGGCGGCCAAGAAGAACAGCUUAGAAUCCGUCAAGGAGGAGGGCGAGUCUGCGCCGCUGCUGGAUAAGGAUGGGCAGCCGAGCGGCAGCAAGAAGGACGAUGAUGAUAAAGGAGGCAAAUCGGACGAUGCCGACAAGAUGGACACUUCGUGAGACAAGUCGCCGGGCGGUCUUGGUCGAGUUGUGGGGGAGGACACUUGACGAGACGGUGGCUGCUCGAACUCUCAUCGUCCCCGAGCCUGUAGAGAUAGACGAUGCCUGGCAUUAACAGCGGGGCGGCCUCAUAGCCCUUUACUAUAUGACAACGGACGCCGCUAACUCCCAUGCUUCCCCCCAAACCCAUUUCCGGUCCUCCGCGCUUUAUCUUCCCGCACCCCCGCUGCCUACCACUACCCAUCCCGUCCCGAUCCGGCCCAGGUCCUACCUGUUGUUGAUUUCCCGGAUAUACGACCCCAGCUUGCGAUCAAAAAGGUCACAGCGCACGGGCAUCUCAAGCUGAUAAAAUGGAUUCUUCAUGACGUAGUCGGUGUACAUAUCGUACACGCGCCGCAUCGUCAGCUCCACGUUGGCCUGAGUCGUGUCGGUGAAGAGCAAGAACUUUGUGCCCGUCAGCGUCGCGAAGCAUUGCAUCCGAAAGUUCUCCGUCUCCAGCACCUCCAGGCCGGAAGGCAGUUCUGGGCGGGUGAGGGAUCCGCCGCCCGCGGCCGAGGAGGUCGAGGAGCGGUUGCCCGUGUUUGCGGACUUCAGAGGGUUGAGACGGGCCGUAAUUGCGUGGACGCCAUGGAACGUGCCAGCCAGGACAAGGUAGUCGUUUGUGCUGAUCUUAUUGAGGCCGCCCUCGUGGAAGGUCCGGUUGUAGAUCAGGCCACCCGCCUUGUUGAUGAUAAUGAGGGCGAAGACGGUCAUGAUGGGUGUUUCAUCUCAUGGCUGCCGGGAAAGGGGAAAAUG